AUGUCUUUGGAUUUUCAAAAACCGUCAUGCCUCCGACAACGACUAAUAGAAGAUACUAACGAAAGAUGUAAUUUGUCAUGUGCCUUUGGCUUGUCUGAAUACAAAAAUGGCUCACUUCGUACUGGAAAGUACCUUUAUGACUGUGAAGGCAAAUGCAAAUAUUUUGUUGUUGCUAUUGAAGAAUAUCUUUUGUUAUAUAAUAGUGAUGCAGUUUAUGGCGAACCAAGGAAGCGUGUUGAAUAUUCUUUUGGUAAAGGAGCAAUUAUUCACGAUUGUGCAUUAAUGUGUCUAGAAGAUAAUUUUGAAGGCUUAGUUGUUGGUGCUACAACUGUGAAUGAGACUGGGACUAAAUGUUACGGUCUUUACUUGCUAAGUGCUGGACGUGAAGCAAUUAUAUUAGAUGCAUUAGCUUUUGCUGGAGAUUGCAAGAAAAUUUUUGUUAUUUAUGAUGAAUUACAUCAGAAUGAACUAAAAGAAAUUCAUUCAGCUUUUCAUAAAAUUCCUCAUCUUAUUAUGGUUGGCGGUGAAGGAGCAGCUGGGUAUCUAACUCAUUUUAACAAUACAUCGAAAGAAAAUGCUUUAAGAGAUCAACCACCUACACGACCUCCUUUUGCUCUUAAUAUAUUAAGAGGAUUCCGGGACAAGACAGAUAGAUAUUUUUGUUUUGAUGCUUACAAAGAAAAUAUUCAAGUAAAAUUGAAUGAAGCCGAAGUUACAUCUAUAGCCUAUGUCCAUAGUUGUCGAUGUCUCUUGAUUGGGUUUAAUUUUGGUGGGAUACUUUCUAUUAAUCUAUUAACACAACGUAAAAAUAAAAUUAUAAUGUCUCGUGGAGAAAUCAAGGCUAUGCAGAUUCAGGAGCCAGAUGACGAUCCAAGACCGGCAUCUUAUGUAUGGGUUGCUUCACUUGUUGGAAGAUCACUUUCUUUUUCAUUAUUAUCAUUAAGAUUUUAUUCUGAUCCAUCUGAUCCUUCAAUUGUUGAUAGAAAUAAUAUGGAAUUACGUAAAGGAUUAGGAUUUGAAGCUGGAGAGUUUUGUCAUUUUCUUGCCCUGAAAGCCGUUACAAGGAAUCGUUUGUUAAAAGCAGAUAAUACAGCGAGAAUGGAAGAUAUACAUAAAAAGGAUACUACAUUAAUGCUUUUUUCAUGGAUUAAUUUUUCCUCUUCUGGUGUAUCUCUUGAAGGAGCAUUGUUUGAUUUAAAUAUGUAUUAUUACAAAAGAAUGUGUGAUCAGAUACGUGAUGAUGGAACAUAUGCUAGACAAUGUCCAAUGAUAUCACGUUUUUCUAUUGAUAGUCCAAGUGAUAUUAACUUUGCUUCAUUAUUAGAUAUUCAUUUAGAUCCUGAAAGUUUGUAUAGAGGAAAAUCUGAUUUAAUUGAAAAUGUUGAUCAAUUUUUUUAUCCAUCUACAUAUGGAUUUGAAUUACAUGCUUUUACUAAAAAUACUUCAAUAUUUUUAAGUUGUAAACCAAUUCAAUUCCAGUUUUUUGAACAUCUCUCUCCAUUGAAGGAGCAUCUAAAUGAUCCAGAGAUGGCCGUACGUUGUUUGACUGCUUUAGGAUUUAUGUCUGUCAAAGACUAUAGUAAAUUAUCGGGAAGAAAUUUGAUAAUUCAAUUAAUCAAGGAUGAAACUGUUGCUGAAAAACAUCUUUUACCACUAAUUGAUUGGUUAUAUACUGAAAUUCAAAAAUGUGUAGAUCAUUUUCAAAAAAUUGCUUCUAAAUUGUUUGAAGAAAAUUCAGAAGAUUUAUAUUCUGCACAAAUAACAAAAGUUAACCAUUAUAUUGGUGUUUUUGAAAUGAUAAAAGAAAUUAUAAUAGCAAUGAAAGAUAAAGAUUUAUCUGAUGAAGUAAAUGGGCAGUUAUAUGUUAAAGGAGUAGUUGUUGAUACAUUUUUGUUUUAUUCGAGACUUAUGAAUGUAUUUGUUGAGGUUGGACUUUUUCCAAUAACACAAGAAGUUAUUGAACUUCAUAAAAAACUAGAAAAUGUGUAUAAAGAGCGACUGGCUUUAUCACGAAAGAAAUUCUAUAAAUUAGAAAUUGUAAAAUUGCUUGACUUGUUUUCACAAACUGAAUUAAAUUGCAUAGAAGAAUUAUAUCCUCCAAAAAAUCCUGCUGUUUUGAUUGAUCUAAUUGUUGCUCCUGAAAUUAAGAUCUUAUGUAAAACUAAGCUUAUAUCAUACUAUGCAUUAGAUAUUGGUCUUCUGAGAGAAAAUGACUCAUUUAUUGAUAAGGUUCAGUAUAAUGUUGCAUUUUUUUGUACAGAAAAAAAUCCAAUUGAUUUCUUUGAAAUUAAAAAAUUAUGGAGACAAGAUGCAAUUGAAUUGAAAGAUUACAAUGCAAAUUUAUAUACUCUACGCCAACAAAAUUUUGAAUUUGAUUACAAAAAUAAUUUAACACCUAGAAUUGUUGAGAUGAUUUGUCAGAGAGUAUAUAUAUCUGAUAGUGAAAUGAAAGAUCUUCAUACUUAUUUUUUAAAACAACCACAUGGAUUAUUUAUUUGGAAUUACAUUGCUAUUAAACGUGAAGAAUUUUCAAUGAUUGAGCCUUUAAAUAUUAAUAUUCUUUCUAAUGUUCCUGAUGAAUGGAGGGUAUUUUGUGAAAAAUCAAAAAAAUUAUAUGAAGAAGCAAAAGGAUGUUCGAUUCUUUGGCGUUAUAAAAUGCCUUCUUUGUACUGUAAAAAAGAAGUAUUGAAGAAAGAUGGAACCUCAUCUAGUUUAAUUUAUACAUCUUCUCUAGACACAUCUCAAAAUGAUAAUGAGGUGAUAGGCACAAAUGAAGAAACAAAAGAUAUUGACACUGUUGUUGAUAAAGACUACAUGGAUCAUCAGUUUGUAGCUCAACGUUAUGAAAAUUUAUUGAAAACACCAUCAUCAGCUUCUAGAUGGACACGAGUUAGUAGAAUUGCAAAUGUUGUUGAAUCUCCUCAACCAGAAGAAUCGAAGCAGAUUCAACCAACGUCUAUAAUGAAGUCACGAGAAAGGGUUUCUCGAUUGCGUCCAGGAAUGAAAAUUGGUUCACGUAUAAGAUUUAAUCUUCCAGAAAUUUCUUCUUUUGUUGAGACUACAAAUGGUGAGAGUGCAUGCUCUUUAGAAAAUGAUGAUUCAAUGAAUGUUUCAUUUAAUGGAGUUUUCCAAAUUGAAAAAAGUGAUGAAAAAACUGAACUAGAUGAUGUUAAAUGUGUUUAUAAAACUAUUAUUCAAGAGAAGAUUGAAGAACAAAUGUCGAAAACUGUUCGUUACGAAGAUGGUAAAGUUACAGUAAUGGAAGCUCAAACAGAUGAGGAAAUGUUAAUGUCUGAUUUGGAAAAUUCUCCUGCACAAACAGGUAUUGAUCUUAUUAAUCAUAUGGAAGAAAAAUCUAAAUCAUAUAAUAUUGAAUUACCCUCUGUUGUUCUUGUGGAGUCAUCAAAAGAAGAUGAAAUUAAUGUUGUUGUGAAUACAGAUAGUACACCAGUUGUUAGAAGAAGAAAUUCUUGUAUAGUUAAAAAGACAUUAUCAUUUAUUGAUAAAGAAGAUGUGCCUCAAAUUGAUAAUGAAGAUAAAACAAAUAAGUUGAAACGCGCCUCACCUUGUGUAGAUACAGAUGAUGAAGAUACUUUAGAUAUAAAGAAGACUAAAAUAAAUGAAAAUGUAGAUGAAACAUUAUCAGAAAAUGUAGAUUCCAACUCAUUUCUUCGUCGAUCAGCUCGAAUUCGUAAACAAAGUGUAGAACCUGAGAUUCCACCUGUUACAACUACAAAAAGUAAGACUAAACGUGGUACUGCAAGUCGUGAAAAUAGUACUGAACCAGACAAUACUCUAUCUUCAAAAACUCGGAAUAAACGUGUAAGAACAAGUUGUGAACCUAAUGAUGAUUCCGAUGAAAUUGUUACAUCUAAACCUAGGAAUAGACGUGGUAAAACUAGUCGAGAACCUAGUGUUGAAGUAGACGACAUUGUAUCUUCAAAAAGUAGAAGUAAACGUGGUAAAACAAGCCGUGAACCUAGUGUUGAAAAAGAUUCUUCAGUACCACGAAAAACUAGAACUAAACGUGGUAAAACAAACAGCGAAACUAGCGUUGAAUCUGAUGCUCCCAUGACACCUAAAAGUAGAACUAGACGUGGAAGCAGUUGUGAACAGGAAGGUGAUCUUAGAAGGUCGACCAGACUUAGGAGAACUCCUUCGAAAGAAAUUGAAAAUAGUUCAAAGAAAGGAUCAAAAAGUCCAUCUAGGUUACCAACUAUUUUAGAGUCGAAUGCACCACAUUCUGAAAAUUAA